GAUCUCUGACCCUCGGCUGCAGCAUCUGUAGGGAUGCUGAGCUUCUCAGAUCAGGUGUCCAUUAAGGAGUUUCAUUUUUGAAGUGGACAGCUUUGAUGCGGCACGGUGCUGAAGACAGUCCAAGAUGACAGAAGAGGUGAUCGUUAUCGCCAAGUUCGAUUACAUGGCCCAGCAGGACCAGGAGCUGGACAUUAAGAAGAACGAGCGGCUCUGGCUGCUGGACGACUCGAAGUCCUGGUGGCGCGUCCGCAACGCGACCAACAAAACCGGCUUCGUCCCGUCCAACUACGUGGAGCGGAAGAACAGCGCCAGGAAAGCCUCGAUCGUCAAGAACCUCAAAGACACUCUAGGGAUCGGAAAGGUGAAGCGGAAAACAGGAAUGAGGGAUACGGCAUCAAACGCAGAGGCGGACUUUUACCCAGACAACGGUGAGCGGCUGUACGACCUGAACAUGCCGGCGCUGGUGAAGUUUAACUACACUGCCGAGCGGGAGGACGAGCUGUCUCUGGUCAAGGGCACCAGAGUCAUCGUCAUGGAAAAGUGCAGCGACGGCUGGUGGAGAGGCAGCUACAACGGGCGCUCUGGCUGGUUCCCUUCCAACUACGUGACGGAAGACUCGGACGGCUCAGCCAGCAACGACAUGAUGGGCUUGUCGGAGAAGCUGGCCGCCGUGGUACACAGCGCAAACGGCAAUCGGGUGCUCCAUACGGUUCAGGCUCUGUAUCCGUUCAACUCGACUAACGAUGAGGAGCUCAACUUCGAGAAAGGGGAAGUGAUGGAUGUCCUGGAGAAGCCGGAAAACGACCCGGAGUGGUGGAAGUGCCGCAAAGCUGACGGGCAGGUCGGUCUUGUGCCCAAGAACUACGUCACCAUGUUGCAGGAGACGCAGAACUCUGGGAGCACGGCGGGACCCCCGACACCUGACUUUGACUACAUCGAGCCUUCUGGGAGCGGGCGCUUCGCGGGGAAGGAGUGGUACUACGGUAAAGUGACCCGGCACCAGGCAGAGGUAGCGCUCAAUCAGAGGGGCACAGAGGGAGACUUCCUCAUCAGAGACAGCGAGUCCUCGCCCAACGAUUUCUCCAUAUCGCUGAAGGCCCAGACCAAAAACAAGCAUUUCAAAGUGCAGUUGAAGGACAACCUGUACUGCAUCGGACAACGCAAGUUCAGCUCCAUGGAGGAACUGGUGGAACACUACAAAAAGGCGCCGAUCUUCACCAGCGAGCAGGGCGACAAACUGUACCUGAUCAAGGCCCUGGCUGCCUCCUGAUCCGGAUCACGACCCGCAUUGGAAAUCUCGAGCCACGUGGCAGGACUGAGAGACUUGGAAAAUAGAGCAUUCCAACAUCGGAAAGGAAAGGGAAAGGGGUGGGGGACGGACGGACGGACGGUUGGUUUUGGACUCCCGUGUUCGUGCUCAGAGACCGCUUCAUGGUUGGACGUGUAUCAAAAUACCAUUCUGUUUAGGGCCUAGGUGAUGUAUUUUGCUGUUAACAUGUAUUAGAAUUACAACUUAGGUUUUCUCUUCUUAAUAUAUAUCCUUUUUUUUUUUUUUUUUUUUUUUUUACAGCUUCGUUCAGUAAUUGUGUCGUCGGAUUACUCCUCCAUCCGUUUGUUGAAUUUCAGAAAACUGAUGAACUGCACAGUUUUCCACAUCGCCUGCUUUUCAAAUCGCUUGAAUAAAGCAACUUAGAGAGUUGAUUGAUUGAUUAAUUAAUUAAUUAAACAUGCUAUAUUUACUAUAUUUAUAGGGAUCCAACAUUUCUUCAGAAUAAACAUGGGCGAGCGACCAAAGCCCGUCAUCUAGCACGGUUUUAGCCACGUUUUGUUUUUCUCAGUGUUUACAGAGAAUAUCAGAAGAAACAGCCGCUUACAGCUUAACAGGAUGUCGCGGCUGCGUUCUUCCUGUCUUCACAUCACGUCAGGCUGAAGAGAGAGAGGGGACAGGAAACUGUGCUAUAUUUAAAAGCUCGAUCCUUUUUUUUUUGAGUGAUGGAUGUUUCCUGAGCAUGCUCGAGCAGUAAGAAUGGUGAAGCUGAAGCAAACUGGAGUCCUGAGUUUGAUUUCUUACACAGGUUGGGUGUCGGCGGUCGUUUUCGUGCGUGGCGUAUACGUUUCACUGCAAAGUGGCUAGAUGUUUGCUUGCACCUUGCAUUAACAAAGAUGAUAAAGAUAGGAGUUGACACUUGGUACUUCACGUUAUCUGCGUUUUGGAUCUACAGCACAGUAUGCGGAGUAGCUGUCUCGCCAGCGUUGUAGUCGAGUCCGAGAACAAGACCCCAACUGCACCGUGUGACGGUGGCUGUUGCUGCCUUUAUACGGUAUGAAAGCGUCUCUGCUACUGGGUUGGGCCAACGUUCCUGCUCGACUGCUGUUCCGUUUUAGUUGAUAGGCUACAGAUAACAAGCUUGUUCACCAAGCCCCGCCCAUUAUCAACAGGGCAGAUGACACGAGAGAGGGUUAACGCCAGCUAGUUCGUCGCUCAGCAAGCCCCGCCCACCAUCAACAGAGCAAUGAACAUAGCGUGUCACUUCCCCGUCGUCUCCUCGAUAGUUCUUCUACAUAUGGAACGCAUAGCAGUGCAUUUUUUCCCACUGCAUGAGAAGUCUAGUCUGGCUAACGCGACUUCAAAGCUCGGCGAGCUAUUGGUCUGGCAAAGAUAUUCAGCCCAACCGUUUCCCAAAGUGCGUGGUUGACCCGCCUCCCUGAAAUGUCUCGGUUUGCUACUGGUCGAAGCCAGAAAAGGCUGUGACGAAGCUUAAACCAAUCACAUCACUCUUUCCUCUGACGUAUGUGACGCGACGGGGCUAACUGGUAGAUUAAACUCUUACCGAAGCCGGUCGGGAGCAAGGCGAAAACGUCCUUCCUUUCAAUAAAUACCUCCAGGGCUGCUCUUUGCUCCGUUUUCAAUGAGAACUUGCUCCAUGUUCGUAAUGUUUGUAGUGAAUGAAGCGCUUCCGGCAUAGAUUCUGUAAACAAUCUAUGGCUUCCGGUCGCAGUUCUACCACGUCAGUGCCUUGAACACGCCUCUACCCAGGGCCGUUGGAGAUGCUCAAAGUUGAUUGGCUCCCGAUUUUUCGGGAGCUUGGAAGAGCUGGAGAUAGCUUGCCUGGCCAGACUAAGCUCGCAACAGGCCCUCGUGUUGCGUCACACUUAGGAUGGGCGGGCCCAGGCUGCGAGAAGUCUGAAUAAGCAAAGCGGACAAUCCUAGCGGCGUUCUCUUCAAGCAUUUUAGCGCCAUUAACGUUAGUUUGUUCCUGAACGUGACAUAUGACCAGGUGAACGUGCGUUCUCUUGAACAAAAAUUAAUGUAGAUAUAAAUAUUUUAUUCCGAAUUUUUAGGGCACGUUACAAAAAAUAAAGAAAAAAUCCGAGUGUCCAAUUUACGAGGCCGAAUGCGGUUAACGCCUGGACUUGAGCACUACAAUGGUAGUGCGUCUCUGAUCUACUGCCUAUCAACAUGGAACGCGUCUUUUCCUCCCCCUCCCCCCACAAGAUACCGAUGUGUACCGUAUAUAGCUUUCUGAAACGCUUGCCAUCCUUCUGUUACGUUUGUACCAGGGCUUUGAACCGGAAUUUUUUUCCUAUUGGUUCGUUCCGAACAGAAACGGAAUUUUAACGUUUCCGGUUUUGGGUUCCACCAUUAAAUAGACGUUCCCAAACCGGUUAGAACAAAAAAAUUUCGCUCCCGGAACGGUUAAUUACGUUCCCUGUCAGCUGUUUAACAAAUGGCUAUAAAAUUAUGUCUCUGUCUCAUCCAGCUUAAGCCAAAUGUAGGCUAAUUCUAUUACAACCUUCAUUAAAUAAGACAAGAAAUAAUUCAAAACAAUUAUUAUUUCAAAUGUUGGCGAUUUGGAUUCUCAGUAUGUCUUCCCAUCUACACAAACAGAAAAAGUGCCAAAAAUGAAAGAUAAUUCGUUUAGUGUGUUACCAAAGGCUAGUCAGGCCCUAUAGAGGGCUACCGCAUGACGUCACCGCGCCGCGAGAUUUUGUUAGGCGCCAUAUUGGAAGACCAAGUACACAUCUAUGCAAGUACAUACAUACAUAAAACAAACUACACCUGAAAUGUAGCCAGGGCCGGUUCUGCCCUAAUCUGGACCCGGGUGCAACAUCGCGCAACCCCCCCCCCCAAAAAAAACACCAGUCUAAAUCAGGACAACCAUCACAUAACUAUAACUAUAAACAUUUUAUAUCAACUAUUUUAACUAAAU